AUGUUGUGCGGGGAGUGCUUGGCUGCACUUGUGUUGCUGCCCCAUUGCUCGCCUGCAAAUCUUGAGGAGGCUUUGCCAGGAGAAGUUUGCUGGCGAGUAGGCUUAGCAGGUGGAUCCACUGUGCUGCAUUUGGCGGCGCAUUUGGGGGGAACCAGGGAGAGGCUCCUUGCUCCCAUCUUGGAACGGUGUCCUGUGCUUUUGAACCGUGCGAACUGGGCGCAGGAGAUUCCGGCAAUGCUGGCGCCGGCAAUGAUGCGACCUACUUUGCAGCCCCGAUCACUUCACGCCUUUGAAGCCCUUGGAGCUUGCCCCGAGGGUGCUGGCGUCGAGGACCGCAUCAAGGUUGCAACUGCCGGUGUUCUAGGUGAAGAUGCCAGUGCUACUGACGACCAGCUGAAGGGCGAAAUGUGUGUCAUUUGCAUGGAGGGCCCAUCAGAUGGUGACACACCCUUCACUCGCCUUUAUUGUGGCCAUUGCUUCCAUCGUGGUUGUUUGGGUGGCUGGCGCGCGGAGGGACAGAAUGGAGCAUCGUGUCCUGCCUGUCGCAAGCCGCUGCCAGAGCCAACAGCUCGUGCAGAGGCUGGGGGUAUCACACUGCUGGAGUUAGCAACGCUUGGCAACGACAACAACUUCGCAUCUUUGCUGCUCUCAGUGGGAGCCGGUGGCAAGGCGACAAAGAGUUCCGAAAUAACUUCUUUGAUGUGGGCUGCAGCCUCUGAGGGGCCUUGCACAACCAAUCUCUACCUUCGGAUGGGUUUGUGGAAUUUUGAACGUACUUCAAGUUUUGAGCCAACACCAUGGCAUGGAUAUUUACAGCCUUCGGCAUGCCGCCGGCCACCAGCUCGAGCCCGCAUUGGCAGGCAGCUUAAUGAUACAAUACCCUGCUCAAUCAUACUUGUUGGUGCAUUGGAGUUGCACAUUUGGCUGGGUGAGUUUGUUGAUGUUUAUUUCAAGGUUGUUUGA